CGUAUUUUAUUUCAAACUAGCUUUUGCCCAAACUUCAUCAUAUUGAUAAAAACUAUCCUACUUAUGUCCUUCCCCGGGCUGAAAACUAUUUCCAUAGUAAAUGUCGUCUAAAUCGCUUUAGCGGCUUAAGCGUGAAGAGGUAACAGAUAAACAGACAGACAAAAUUACUAUCGCAUUUUUAAUAUAUAAUAUAUAUAUAUAUAAUUUAAUAUUAUAUUAUAGUGCGGUUUAAUAGGGAUUUCAAGGCGAGAGACGCCGAUUUUUGUUUUUUGUUAUGUUUUCAAAAUUUGCAUAUAGGCUAAUUAUGCAUAGGUAAAUAAGGUUUAUUAGCUGAUUAAAAGAUUAAAUAUAAAUAACGAAUUGAAAGUUACUAUUGUCUGCCAAUUAAUUUUACCACUAAGUAUUUAAUCAAGUUUUUCCGUUAAUUAAGAACACCCCAUCACUGAUACAAAGAGAAGGUAUAAAAGGACAUAUUAUUAAGCUGGUUUGUCACAAUUAUUUUCAUUUCCUAGUGAAAACAUAAGAACAACGCAAAAUGAUUAAAUAUAUUUUGAAAAAGUUGGAAAAUCCAAAACGACCCUUGCUUGGUCCCAAUGUUAAAGCUUUACAAUUUUGGGGGCUUCUACUUCCAGAAAACGUAAUUAUGAAAUAUGUUUACAUAUGUCUACAUAUAUCUAUCAUUUUCUUUACGGCUACAGAAUACGUGGAUAUAUGGUUUAUCAAAUCCGAUAUGAAUAUGCUUUUGGAAAAUCUUAAAAUAACAAUGUUAGCUAGUGUGAGUGUAGUAAAAGUAUCAACCUUUUUAAUUUGGCAAAAUUCUUGGCGGGACAUAAUUGACUAUGUGACAGAAGCGGAUUUGAACCAGCGAAAAACUACAGACGAAACUAAAUUAACCAUUAUUAAAAAAAAUACAAAGUAUUCGCGUAAAAUUACAUACCUUUAUUGGUCGCUUAUGUAUACCACGGUAGUGGUUGUUAUGGUACAGCCGAUCAUCAAAUAUGUCUUUUCACAAACAUAUAGAGAUAAUAUCAAGAAUGGAGAAGAAUCAUACAUUCAAGUCGUGAGUUCUUGGGUUCCAUUUGACAAAAGUGAGGUUAUCGGAUAUUUGGCUGCCUGCGCUUUCCAAAGCUACGCGGCUAUAUACGGCGGAGGUUGGAUCACUUCAUUUGACACAAACGCAAUAGUGACUAUGGUAUUUUUUAAAGGAGAAUUGCAGCUCCUAAGAAGAGACUCUGCUGAGAUUUUUGGAAUUGAAAAUAAUCCUGUAUCGCGUGAGGAAGCAGAAAAGAGACUCAAGGAAUGUCAUAGAAGACAUGUUAACUUAAUCAAAUAUUCGAGUCUCUUUGACUCCUGCUUGUCGCCGAUCAUGCUUUUCUACAUGUUCGUAUGCUCCGUGAUGCUCUGCGUAACUGCCUAUCAGAUAAGGGUGCGAACAUCCAACAAUAGACUCUAUCCUACCGCCAAUAAUUAGCUAGAAGCUAGUAGAAAAUAUAUUUAUUUAAUUAUGUAAAUAUUAUUCCAAAAAAUUAAAAAAAGAUUACAAAUAGCGGACUUAACGCCUUGACGCAUUCUCUACCAGUCAAUCAUUGGGCUAUACACCCGCGAGCAAAUAUACAGAAUCACUUCACAUGUUUUGCUUCUCAAUUCAUAACAUUUCUAAUUUUCACGUCAUUUAAACAAAAUAUUAUCAAAUAAAAGCUGAUAUUAAUAGCCAAUCAAAAAUUACAUUUUUUUAUUUUAUUUCAGGGUUAACGACAAAAAAUAUCCCUAAGAAUAAUCAAAAAAACUUUUAAACAAAAAAAGUGAUUUU